AUGGCGGAGCUGGCGGCGGAGACGGAGCCGGGCCCGGGGCGGGAGCUGGUGGCGGAGCUGCGCGGCCGCGACGGGCGGACGCGCACGGUGCGAGUGCCGUACCCGGCGGUGGAGGGCGAGGCGGCUCAGCUGCGCGGGCUCCGGGGGGCGCUGAGCGAGCUGCAGGAGCGGGUGGUGGAGCUGCUGGCGCCGCUGGUGGAGGAGGAGCGGGCGGCGGCGGGCGACGCGCGGCGCGGUGGCGGCGGGGAUGACGAUGACUACGAUGACGAGGAGGAGGAUGACGGCGAAGAUGAAAAUAACGUAGACGCGGCGGCGGGCGGCGAUGACCCUCCCCUGAAGCGGACGAAGGUGCAGCAGCCGUGAGGGCGCCGCUGGAUGUCUGUGCCUUGCCGGUCCCGUUCGGCUGUACCGACUGUAAGUGUCCCGGGCCCGCCGCACGGGCCGGCUCCUGCGGCGCUGCUGCUCUUGUUUAACCCGAAAUGUCCAUCUCGACAGUGUUUUUCCGAAAGGAUGCGCCUGGGUGUGAGCAGCGUGUUGCUUACGGGGUGCCAGUGUUAUGCUGGCACAGUUUUUUGGUAAACUAGUUGACGAGUAUAAAACUUUUUUUACAAAUCUUCUGAUUGGUAUGGUUUUUAAUAACUUAUUCUGAGUCACAGUAUUUCUUCAUGCGACAUCAUUCUUAAAAUAAAGCAAUAAAACCUGAAAACAUU